CUAUCGAUAUGGGUUCGCUGCCACAGCUGUCAAUUGUGAAAGGCCAGCAACAGGAUUACGUGCCCCGGGCUCUGCAUCGAAUCUUCGAAGAGCAGCAGCUGCGCCAUGCCGACAAGGUGGCGCUCAUAUAUCACCAGGGACAGGGUCAAACCCUGGCACCUAGCCAGAGCAGCUAUCGCCAGAUGAACGAGCGUGCGAAUCGUGCCGCACGCCUACUCGUCGAGGAAACCCACGGACGUUUCCUUCAGCCAAACAGCGAUGGUGACUUCAUUGUAGCCGUUUGCAUGCAACCAUCGGAGGCACUGGUCACCACAUUACUGGCUAUUUGGAAGGCGGGCGGUGCCUAUCUUCCCAUCGAUCCGAGCUUCCCGGCUAAUCGGGUCCAUCACAUAUUGUUAGAGGCUCGACCGAUUCUAGUACUACGUGAUGAUGACAUCGAUGCUCAGCGUUUCCAGGGCACGCCCACAUUAUCGUUGACUGAACUGUAUGCGAAGUCGUUACAACUAAGCGGCGGCAAUCUGCUCUCGGAGGAGAUGUUGCGCGGUGGAAACGAUCACAUUGCCAUCGUUCUCUAUACCUCGGGCAGCACAGGUGUGCCCAAGGGUGUGCGUCUGCCUCAUGAGAAUAUAUUGAAUCGCUUGCAAUGGCAGUGGGCCACCUUUCCUUACACGACCAAUGAGCAGGUGGGCGUGUUUAAGACAGCACUUACCUUUGUCGACUCCAUUGCGGAGCUAUGGGGUCCUCUUAUGUGUGGUUUGGCCAUUCUGGUAGUGCCCAAGGCGGUCACCAAAGAUCCUCAACGCCUUGUAGCACUUCUUGAGAAGUAUAAAAUUCGUCGUUUAGUUCUGGUGCCCACUUUGUUGCGUUCCCUGCUCAUGUAUCUAAAAAUGGAGGGCGGUGGUGCGGCUCAGAAAUUGCUAUACAAUCUGCAGAUUUGGGUCUGUUCAGGUGAGCCGUUGGCCGUGCCGUUAGCCAGCAGCUUCUUCGAUUACUUUGAUGAGGGAGUGCACAGACUGUACAACUUCUACGGCUCCACCGAGGUGAUGGGCGAUGUGACUUACUUCGCCUGCGAGAGCAAGAAGCAGCUUAGCCUGUACGACAAUGUGCCCAUAGGCGUACCCGUCUCAAACACCGUCAUCUAUCUGCUGGAUGCGGACUAUCGUCCAGUCAAAAAUGGAGACAUCGGCGAAAUCUUUGCUUCAGGUUUGAAUCUGGCUGCGGGCUAUGUGAAUGGUCGUGAUCCGGAGCGCUUUCUCGAAAAUCCUUUAGCUGUAGAGAAGAAGUACGCGCGUCUGUAUCGUACCGGUGACUAUGGCUCGCUGAAGAAUGGGAAUAUCAUGUAUGAAGGACGCACCGAUUCGCAGGUGAAGAUACGCGGGCAUCGGGUCGAUUUGUCCGAGGUGGAGAAGAUCGUGGCCGAGCUGCCGCUGGUAGAAAAGGCCAUAGUGCUUUGCUACCGGGCCGGACAUGUGGAUCAGGCCAUUCUCGCCUUUGUCAAACUGCGCGAUGAUUCACCUGCAGUCACUGAGAUGCAGUUGGAGGGCAGGCUCAAGGACAAGCUGGCUGAUUAUAUGACACCACAGGUGAUCAUAUUGGAGCAUGUGCCGCUCUUGGUCAAUGGCAAAGUGGAUCGCCAGGCUCUGCUAAAAACCUAUGAGACAGCCAACAAUAACGAAGGCGAUUCUAGCAUUGUGCUCGACUUUGACUACAGUCAGGUGCCCGACGAGCUGAAAUUGACGGCACGUGAUCUCUUCGAGACGGUGGGCGGUGUCAUUGGACGCUCUACACGAGCAAGCCUUUCGCCUCACAGCAACUUCUAUGAGCUGGGCGGCAAUUCACUCAACUCUAUAUUCACGGUCACCCUACUGAGGGAGAAAGGCUACAACAUUGGAAUCUCUGAGUUCAUAGCGGCGAAAAAUCUGGGAGAGAUUAUCGAGAAGAUGGCUAGCAACCAUGAUGCAGUACAACUGGAAGAGGAGACGCUCAAUGCAUGCCCGCAUCUUAAAAUGGAGGCGGUUCCUCUCAAACUGGAGCAUCGUCAGGCUGUGAUUGACAUAAUCGUAUCCAGUUUCUACAACAAGGCAGAUUUGGAACAGUGGCUGAAGCCCGGUGUUGUGCGCACAGAUUACAGUGAUUUGCUUAAUGAAAUUUGGACCGUUCUGGUGGAGCGGGAACUCAGCUUUGUGGUAUACGAUCGAAAUACGGAACGCAUCAUAGGCACUGCUCUCAACUUUGACGCGCGCGCCGAGCCUGAGGUGGACAUAAAGUCCGAGUUGAUCACUAUAUUUGAAUUUCUAGAGUUCUGUGAAGGACCUAUACGAGAUAAUUAUUUGCCCAAGGGCUUGAAUAAAAUAUUACACUCGUUCAUGAUGGGAACCGCCGAACAUCUGAAUCCUCGCGAGAAUAUUGCUUGCAUGCAUUUCAUGGAAUACGAGGUGCUAAACGUGGCACGUAAUAAAAAAUUUGCCGGCAUCUUCACCACCAAUACCAGCCCUCUGACGCAACAGUUGGCCGAUGUCUACCAUUACAAGACGUUGCUCAAUUAUCAAGUCAACGAGUAUGUUAGCUCGGAUGGCAGUCGGCCCUUCCGGGAUGCACCUGACGAACAGCGCGCCAUCGUCCACUGGAAGGAGGUGGCCAGCAAGUAGAAUGUAUC